AUGGCGAAAGGGCCAUCUGUCCUUUUCUGCUGCAUUCCCAGAGAUGCCUUGGGACCUUCUCUGCUGGAUGUAAUGGGAUUUCUUUUUUUUAUUCCAGCAGGGGAUGAUCAGAGGAUUGAGGAGGUUGAGGAACUGCAUCAUCUAUCACCCGAUGAAAUCAAGAAUGAAGAUGUGAGAGGAAGCUUCAGGAACCAAGGCACACCUAAGGAGCAGAAAGGCAGCCACAUGGUCGAGAAGAGGAAUGAACCAAUUCGUUGCCAAAGGGAGGAGUUUCGUGAAGUAAUUCACAUGGUGGAAGAAACGUACAUGUGCUUGGAGUGUGGAAUGAACUUCUCAGAUAAAACCCAAUAUAAUCUCCAUUUGCAAAUGCACAGUGGAAAGGAGAUCCCUCAAUUUUUGGAGGAUAAAAAGAGCUUCCUUUGUAGAGCAGAGCUCUUUGUAUAUGAAGAGACAGAUGCAGGAGAGAAAUAUGAUAGAUGCUCAGACCACGGUGAGAGUUUCUCACAGAAGUUAGACCUUAUUAAACACCAAAAGAUUUGUUCAGGAGACAAACCAGUUUUCUGCUCAGAGCCUGGAAUGGUGUUCCCUGAUGGAAAAAAGUGUAAUGUGCAUUUUUCAAAGCACAGUAUAAUGAAGAUGUGUAAAUGCUUUUGUUGUGGAAAAUACUUUAAAUACAGAGCAGAGCUUCUUGAGCACCAAAAAAUACACACAGGGGAGAAACCUUUUGAAUGCUCAGAGUGUGGAACAAGAUUCAGGCGGAGGAGCCAUCUGCAGCGGCAUCUCAGAAUCCACACAGGGGAAAAACCUUUUGAAUGCUCAGAGUGUGGAAAGAGAUUCCUUCGAAAUAGUGACCUUCAACAGCACCUAAGAACCCACACAAAGGAGAGCCCUUUUGAAUGCUCAGUGUGUGGAAAGAAAUACAAUCAGAGUUGCAACCUUCAAACACAUCUAUCAACACACACUGGAAAGAAACUAUUUGAAUGUCCGGAGUGUGGAAAGAGAUUCAAAUGGAGUAGCGAACUUCAGCGGCAUCAAAGAAUACACAGCGGGGAGAAACCUUUUGAGUGCUCAGAGUGUGGGAAAAGAUUCAGUCAGAAUGCCUCUCUUCUUGUGCACCAAAGAACGCACAGUGGGGAGAAACCUUUUGAAUGCUCAGAGUGUGGGAUGAGAUUCAGUCGGAGUAGCUGUCUGCAGCAGCAUCUAAGAACCCACACAGGGGAAAAACCUUUUGAAUGCUCAGAGUGUGGAAGGAGAUUCCUUCGAAAGAGUGACCUUCAACAGCACCUGAGAACCCACACAAAGGAAAGCCCUUUUGAAUGCUUCGUGUGUGGGAAGAGAUUCAGGUCAAGUAGCACUCUUCAACAGCAUCAAAGAAUACACAGGGGAGAGAAACCUUAUGUUUGCUCAGAGUGUGGGAAAAGAUUCAGUCAGAAUGGCAAUCUUCUUGUGCAUCAAAGAAUACACACAGGGGAGAAACCUUUUGAAUGCUUACAGUGUGGAACAAGGUUCAGGCAGAGGAGCUAUCUGCAGCAUCAUCUAAUAACCCACACAGGGGAAAAACCUUUUGAAUGCUCAGAGUGCAGAAAAAGAUUCAUUCGAAAGAGUGACCUUCAACGGCACCUAAGAACCCACACAGAGAACCCUUUUGAAUGCUCAUUAUGUGGGAAGAAAUAUAGUCAGAGUUGCGACCUUGAAAAGCAUCUAUCAACACACACUGUAGAGAAACUAUUUGAAUGUCCAGAGUGUGGAAAGAGAUUCAAGUGGAGUAGCGGUCUUCAACUGCAUCAAAGAAUACACAAGGGGGAGAAACCUUUUGAGUGCUCAGAGUGUGGAAAAAGGUUCAGUCAGAAUGGCAAUCUCCUUGUGCAUCAGAGAAUCCACACAGGGGAGAAACCUUUUGAAUGCCCAGAGUGUGGGAUAAGAUUCAGGCGGAGGAGCAAUCUGAAGCAGCAUCUAAGAACCCACACAGGGGACAAGCUUUUGAACACUCAGAGUAUGGAAAGACAUUCAGCUGGAGUGUUGCUGUUCGACAGCUUCUAA